AUGCCCGCGAAAUCGAAGAAAGGACAGCAGAAGAAAGUGGAUGAGCAUAGCCAGCAUACAGAUCUCAGUGGCCAAUGGAAUUUGGGUGUAGACGCAGCAGCUACUGCCCAUGACUUAUUAGCAACAGCUAGCUCCCUGUACGCUAGAAUGUCCGCUGAUCACCCAGGUUCACUCCCAGACGAUGACGCUUACUGGUCCAGUCUCCCAGCCCACUUACGACAAUUCAUUAGAAAUGCUCUGCCACUCGGACAGCUGCAAUCAAACAACCACCACACCCCUCCAAAGAUGUCUGCUGCAGCUAUGCAGGCCGUCGCACAGCAAAUUGCGUCUGCCACGCGUUACCCUCCAAACAACAACAACAACAACAAUUCUCAGAUUCAAGGCGUUCCUCAUGGUCCUGCUCCCCCACCAGCUAGCUCAUUCGAUUUCAGUGAUCCUUCUGUUCGUUUCGCUUUGGAGCAGCUUGGUCCGCCACCUUCACGCGGUUUGAGGCAUGAUGACUUUGAUCAGGAGUAUUAUACAGACGAUGACGUUGACUCUAUUGAUGGUACUGACGGCGAGUACAACUAUCAUUCUGGCGUCAUUUACGAUAGCGGCGUAAUUCCUCUUACUACUCCUGGUGUACAGUCUGAACAGCAUUUGAAUGGUGUUACAGACGCCCCUUCAAAGAAGAAGAAGAGGAAGAAUAAGAAGACUAAACCCACUGCUCAGCCAAAAGUUAAUAAUUUGUUGAAUACAAAUUCUAUUCCACCACCACCACCACCACCUGCUCAGCCAGUUCCACCCCCACCAGUCACUCAACCUCCACCACCUUCUUCUAGGGCUGCUGGAAAAGCUCCUAUGUCUUAUCUACCUCAACAGUCCACUAUGAGGUCAAAUGCCGCUACAAAUCAGACGAAAUCUAAAUCAUCUCAAACUUCUUCCACAAAUAAGCAGCCUCCUUCUUCUUCUCUGGCUAAGAAGAUUUGGUCCACUAAUUCAACUGAGGAGCGCGAGCGUAUAAAAGAAUUCUGGUUGUCUCUCUCCCAAGACGAGCGAAGAAAGCUAGUACAAGUUGAAAAAGAGACUGUCCUUCGAAAAAUGAAGGAGCAGCAGAAGCAUUCAUGCUCUUGCGCUGUUUGUGGUAGAAAGCGUUCAGCAAUUGAAGAUGAACUUGAAGUUUUAUACGAUGCUUACUAUGAUGAACUCGAGCAGUACGUCGCACAUCAAUAUCAGCAUUAUAGCUCUCCUACUACAAUUCCACCGCCUCCCGGUCCAGGUCCAUUUCCAGGUUCUGUGGAACUUGACAAGAACGGUCAGUUAGUUCAACCACCCGAUAAUGGCGAUGAUGAUGAUGACCUCGAUGAUGAGUACGACGACGAAGAUGAUGAGGAUUACGAUGAGGAUGACCCUGACGAUGAUAUAUCGGGUGAUGAUGACUACGACGAUGAGCAAGACAGUCUGUCUAAUUCACGUCGCUAUCGCCAUGGCAACAGUAGAAGGAAGAAGUCAGAGAUAUUCACAUCAUCAUUCUCGAAAACUUUUACAGUACAAGGUGGAAUACUCACCGUUGCUGAUGAUCUCUUGAGAAACGACGGACAAAAGUUCUUAGAAAUGAUGGAAAGUUUAGCUGAAAGACGCUUACAAAGAGAGGAAGAAGCUGCUGCUGGAUUUGAUGAUAGUGAAGAAGAAGAUGAGCAGGAUGAUAAUGAAGAAGAUGACGAUUUUUUGGAGGAUGAUGAUGAUGAGGAUCGUAUGGAAGAUGGUCGUCGAAUGUUCCAAGUAUUUGCUGCAAGAAUGUUUGAACAGCGUGUAUUACAGGCAUAUCGUGAGAAGGUCGCACAAGAACGUCAAUUACAACUUCUCCGCGAACUUGAGGAGGAAGACAAGGUUGCAGCGGAUAAGGAAGCUAAAAAGGCCAAAGAGAAUCAGCGUAAGAAAGACAAAAAGCGUCUUCAGCGUCAACAAAAAGAGGAAGCAGAUGCAGCUAAGAGAGCACAAGUUGCAGAAGAGGAGGCAGCUAAGAAAGCCAAAGCAGAUGCUGCACAAGAGGCAGCUCGUCGACGUCAAGAAGCUGAAAGACAGCGUCGUGAAGCAGAGCGACAAGCUAAAGAGGAAGAGAAGCGUCGUCGUGAGGCUGAGCGACAGCGUCAACAGGAAAUCCACAAGGAAAGAGAAACUGAGAAGGAGCGUAAGAAAAAGGAGCGUGAAGAUAAGCUUAAAUCAGAGAAGGAGGAGCAGGAGAGAGCUAAGGCUGCCAAACUUGAGCGUAAAAAGGAACGUGCUGCUGCAUAUGAAGCUGAGCAAAAAGCUAAAGCAGAUAAAGCACACGAAGAAGAGUUGCAGAAGCAGGCACAGGCACAGGCUCAAGCUCAAGCUCAGGCACAGGCUCAAAUGCAGGCACAAGCUCAAGCUCAACAAGCAAGAAUGGAGCAGAUUCGUCAACAGCAAGCACAUGCUCAAGCACAAGCAGCAGCUCAAGCACAGCGAGCACAGUUCCACAGACAGUUACAAAACCCAGAAGCAUCUACAUCAUCACCUUCACCAAGAGCAGCAGCUGCACCUGGGUUGAUGCCAAUGAGGUCACCACCAGCUCAUAAUUCGACAGCACCUUACAUGAUGACGCCAACGAAAGACAAGCAAAUGCAAGAUGCACCAAAGGCACCUUCAGCACUACUUAAUGGGAAUAUUCAAAGGCCGCCAUUUUAUUCACAACAAGAGAUGCAUAGUCCAGCUUCUAAUCAACAUCAACAACAUCAACAACAUCAACAGAGACCUAGAGUGGGGGUAGCACCACCAGGUCUGAUUCCUAAUGGAACGCAAAAUGCACAGACACCUUUUGGUGCAUACGGAUUUGCGAAAUCACCACCCUCAAUGACAAGAACUGCAUUUGAAAGUAACUCGAUGGAUGAUGGUUUGUUCGGUGGGAAGAGACAGUCAAAGUCACCGAUUGGAAGUGUUGGUGGAGGAGUUGCGGGUUUGAAUCUUGGUGAAGAUAGCUUGUUAGCCGGGCCAUCUGCGGGAGCGUCAGCCUCAACGUCAGCAAGACCAGUUGGAUUUGGAGCGGUCGGAGCAGUUAGCAGACCACCUAUAUCUGCAGUACCAACACCGAUAUCUAGACCAAGUGGAAAUACAACACCAGAUCAAUCAUCGUCAGCACCUUCAGUGGGUAAAUUACUUGGUAGUUCAGCACUAGGAGGUGGAGAUGAUGAAGUGGUGGAAAGACCAGCAAGGCGACAAAGUUCACAGAUGGCACCAGUUGGAUUAGGUGGAAGCACUUGGCAGCCACUGCCGAUGAGUCUGGAUAAACAGACGGGGUGGCCGACUGCGGGAGUAACAGGGAGCGUAACACCUAAUAGUAAUCAAAUGACUAGGAAUGGUAGAUCUAAUAGCAUAUGGGGAGAUGGUGGGACAUCUGGGUGGCCAAAUAUGUUUGGAGGAGGUAGUUUCUUACCACCUAAUACAAGUACGAGUACGAGUACGAAUCAAAAUCAAAAUCAACAUAUGCAACAUGAAUAA